AUGCUGCUUACCACAGUGAGGACAGAUUUCAUCGGUUGUUGCACAGUGCAGUCACCGGCGAUGGAAGAGGAGGAUGUGUCCAUGCACAGGUUGGCUGGUGCAGACCCGUCUUUGCAGGUCGGGGGGCUCAUUGUAAAGAAGAAAAGUGCUGCUGCAGAGAGUCAUGUUUUUCGGGCACCCACCCCACGGACCUCUCUGCUGGGCUUGGACCUCUUGGCGGCUCAGAAAAGGAAAGAGCGAGAUCUAAAGGAAAAGGCUGAUGGUUCUGAUGAAGAGCGAAACUUGAAGAAAUCCAAAGUGUCUUCUUACAAAGACUGGGACGAAAGCAAAAGUGAUUCUGGUUCAGAUGAGGAUAACGAUGAUAGUCAUGAUGACCAAAAGAAAGACCCAGAGAAACAGAGCAGAAAGUAUCGAGCCACAGGCUCUGAAACGCCAUCCAACCCUGGGGGAGUCAGUGAGGAGUUCCGCCGCAGACACGAGCAGAGAGAAAAAGAACGCCGUGAACAUGGUGUCUACGCUUCAUCAAAAGAGGACCGGAAACCGGGCAAAGGCCGAGAGCGAAGUCGAGACAAGCACAGGGACAGGCGUAAUGAACGUGAGGAGCGGGAAAGCAGUCGUGCACGUUCAGAACGUGGGGACCGCAGUGAACGUGGGGACCGCAGUGAGCGUGGGGACCGCAGUGAACGCUCGCAGAGGGAUGUAUGGUCAGAGCGAAUCAGCCGUGGCAUCAGGAGAGAGGAGCCCAUGACUCCGCUGUCCCACUCCAAAGACACACCUUCCCGGACCAGCUGGGAGGAGGAGGACAGUGGUUAUGCCACCAGUCGGCGUUCCCAGUGGGAGUCGCCCUCUCCGGCUCCUUCACAAAAAGAUUCCGAUCGCUCCGAAAGAAGCCAGAGAUCCGGCCGAGAGAGCGAGAGAAGGGACAGGUCGGUCAAAGGGCGUUACCCUGAAGACACUCCUCUCCCAACGCCUUCGUACAAGUACAACGAAUGGGCCAAUGACAGGAGGCAUUUUGGUUCCACUCCCCGUUUAUCACAAGGAAAAGGAAGAAAAGGAGAGGGUGAGGGUGGAAUGGCAUUUGAUGAUGAAGGUGAAGAAGAACAGUGGGAGGAAGAUCAGAAGCAAGCAGAUCGAGAUUGGUACAUGAUGGAUGAAGGUUACGAUGAGUUCCACAACCCUUUCACUUCCACAUCAGACGAAUAUGUAAAGAAAAGGGAGCAGAUUCUUCAGAAACAGACCCAAAAGAGGAUAUCUGCCCAAAAACGACAGAUCAAUGAGGAUAACGAGCGAUGGGAGACCAACCGAAUGCUGACCAGUGGUGUUGUUCAAAGGUUGGAAGUAGAUGAGGACUUUGAAGAGGAUAAUGCCGCCAAGGUUCACCUGCAAGUGCACAACUUGGUUCCUCCUUUCUUAGACGGAAGAAUAGUCUUCACCAAACAGCCUGAGCCAGUGAUCCCUGUGAGAGAUGCAACUUCAGACAUGGCCAUCAUCUCUCGCAAAGGCAGCCAACUUGUUCGCAAACACAGGGAGCAGAAGGAGCGCAAAAAGGCACAACACAAACACUGGGAGUUGGCUGGAACUAAACUGGGCGACAUCAUGGGCAUCAAGAAGACUGAAGAAGAAGAGUCAGGAGCUAAGGUCAUUGGCGAAGAUGGCAAAGUAGAUUACAGAGCGGAGCAGAAGUUUGCUGAACAUAUGAAAGAAAAGAGUGAAGCCACUAGUGAAUUUGCAAAGAAGAAAAGUCUUACAGAGCAGAGGCAAUACCUCCCAAUUUUUGCAGUGAGACAACAGCUUCUCAACAUCAUUAGGGAUAAUAGCAUAGUCAUUGUUGUUGGGGAGACUGGAAGUGGCAAAACCACUCAGUUAACGCAGUACUUGCAUGAAGACGGUUAUACAAGCUAUGGAAUGGUGGGAUGCACACAACCCAGAAGAGUGGCAGCCAUGAGUGUUGCUAAACGAGUGAGUGAAGAGAUUGCCUCCAACCUGGGGGAAGAGGUUGGCUAUGCCAUCCGGUUUGAGGACUGCACAUCUGAGAGCACUGUGAUAAAGUACAUGACUGAUGGGAUUCUGCUGCGAGAGUCCCUGCGAGAGUCUGACCUGGAUCACUACAGCGCCGUGAUCAUGGACGAGGCCCACGAGCGCUCCCUGAACACCGAUGUCCUGUUUGGGCUGCUAAGAGAGGUUGUGUCGCGACGCACAGACCUGAAACUAAUUGUCACUUCGGCUACCAUGGAUUCUGAUAAAUUUGCUGCGUUUUUCGGCAAUGUUCCAAUAUUCCACAUUCCAGGAAGAACUUUUCCAGUUGACAUUCUGUUCAGCAAGACUCCGCAAGAAGACUAUGUUGAGGCUGCUGUGAAACAGGCGCUGCAAGUCCAUUUGAGUGGCUUGAUCGGAGACAUUCUUAUCUUUAUGCCUGGACAGGAGGAUAUUGAGGUCACAUCUGAUCAGAUCGUGGAGAGGUUAGGCGACUUGGACAAUGCUCCUCCUUUGGCCGUGCUCCCUAUAUACUCGCAGUUACCAUCCGACCUUCAGGCUAAGAUCUUCCAAAAGGCUCCAGAUGGCGUCAGGAAAUGUAUAGUGGCUACAAACAUUGCAGAGACCUCUCUCACCGUGGACGGCAUCAUGUUUGUGAUUGAUUCAGGCUACUGUAAAUUAAAGGUGUUUAAUCCUCGCAUUGGUAUGGAUGCGCUUCAAGUCUAUCCCAUCAGCCAGGCCAAUGCCAACCAGCGCUCAGGCAGAGCAGGUCGCACUGGGCCAGGACAGUGUUACAGACUCUAUACGCAGAGUGCUUACAAGAAUGAAAUGUUGACCACCACCAUCCCAGAAAUUCAGAGGACCAAUCUCGCCAAUGUGGUUCUACUGCUUAAGUCUCUUGGUGUGCAAGAUCUGCUCCUUUUCCACUUCAUGGAUCCCCCACCUGAAGACAACAUGCUCAACUCCAUGUACCAGCUCUGGAUCCUGGGAGCUCUUGACAACACGGGGGGAUUGACACCCACUGGGCGACUGAUGGUGGAGUUUCCUCUGGACCCAGCUCUGUCCAAAAUGCUCAUCGUGUCAUGUGAUAUGGGCUGCAGCGCUGACAUCCUCAUCAUCGUGUCCAUGCUCUCUGUGCCUGCCAUAUUUUACCGACCAAAAGGUCGUGAGGAGGAGAGUGAUCAGGUCAGGGAAAAGUUUGCUGUCCCGGAGAGCGACCACCUGACCUACCUGAACGUAUACACGCAGUGGAAGAACAAUAAUUACUCUGGCAUCUGGUGCAACGAGCAUUUCAUUCACACUAAGGCCAUGCGAAAGGUGCGGGAAGUGCGCUCACAGUUAAAGGACAUCAUGGUGCAGCAGAGGAUGAAUUUGGCUUCCUCUGGGUCUGACUGGGACGUAAUCAGGAAAUGCAUCUGUGCUGCUUAUUUCCACCAGGCGGCUAAGCUCAAGGGCAUUGGUGAAUAUGUCAACGUGAGGACAGGAAUGCCGUGCCAUCUCCAUCCCACCAGUUCUCUGUUCGGCAUGGGCUACACCCCUGACUACAUCAUUUACCACGAGCUUGUGAUGACAACAAAGGAAUACAUGCAGUGCGUAACGGCAGUAGAUGGGGAGUGGCUUGCGGAGCUGGGACCAAUGUUUUACAGCAUCAAACAUGCAGGCAAAAGUAGACAGGAAAACCGUCGGCGAGCCAAAGAGGAGAUCACAAACAUGGAGGAGGAAAUGUCCAUGGCACAACAGCAGAUGCACGCUCGCCGUGAGGAGCAAGAGAGGAAGAACAACCCAGGCACCGUCAGGGGCGUGAAGAUCUGCACGCCCGGAAGAAAAGAUGAAGCUCCAAUGACACCGAGGAGAACACCUGCUCGUUUCGGUUUGUAG